AUGAAUCUUAAAGAUGAGGUGUUUAAUCUUGAAGAUGAGCUGAACAAGGAGAAGGGUAAAUCAGAUACUUGUGCUGCUAAAGUUUUGUCGUCCGAACAGACAAUGAUGAAUCUUAAAGAUGAGCUGAAAGAGGAGAGGGGCAAAUCAGAUACUUGUGCUGCUAAAGUUUUGUCGUCGGAACAGACAAUGAUGAAUCUUAAAGAUGAGCUGAAAGAGGAGAGGGGCAAAUCAGAUACAUCUGCUGCUAAAGUUUUGUCGUUGGAACAGAUUAUGUCGGAUCUUGAAGAUUGGAACAGACUAUGUCGGAUCUUGAACAUUGGAACAGACGAUGUCCGAUCUUGA